AUGGAAAAAUCAUCAAAGGUUCUAGCAAAGGAAGAUGAUUUUGUUGAUAUGCUAAAUGCAUCUUAUGAUGAUUAUGAAGGAGUUACUGUGGAUGUUAAAGAGGAUAUGGAUGAAAAUGUCUUCGCCACUCUACUUCAAACAUCAAUAUCCCAAUGGAGGCAGAAGAAAUGCUCUUACACCACAGCUCCUAAUUGGCUUGGAAAGAAGGGAGUUUGGCUUAAACUGUCUCUUGAGUUUGCGAGUCUUGUUAAGCCUGCAGUGAAGCAAGGAUUUUGGUAUCAUCAUGCUGAACCAACAUACUUGAUGCUGGUGUAUUGGAUUCCUGAAACUAAUCAUACUCUCCCAUCAAAUGCUUCUCAUCGAGUCGGUGUUGCUGCUUUUGUGGUCAACUCUGAAGGGGAGAUUCUUGUAGUGCAACAGAAAAGUGGAGUGUUCAAAGGCACAGGGGUCUGGAAAUUACCAACUGGUAGUGUUGAGGAGGGUGAAGAUAUUUGUACAGCUGCGAUCAGGGAAGUGAAAGAAGAGACUGGAGUAUCUAGUAUGACAAUUGUAUAA